AGUACAUGAAGUAUUUUACGCGCUAGAGGUCGCACACUAUGCUUCUCUUGAAUUUCCACGUCGACGGUUUUUGCGGAGGCGAAGUUUGCUGUGUGUGUGUAUGUUUGUACCACAUUAAAUAGUUCAGUUUCCUUAGGGAAAAUGUGCUUUUAGCCAACAGCGCCUGAAUUUAAAGAACAGUGAUCAGAAGUAUCCAGUCUCCUGUGACCAGUGACGUCCAUAUUGCUCAAAACUCUCCACUUCUGAACCAAUUUACAGACCACCAAGACAUCAUGCCUGUCUCACCAGAAGAACUCGUCAGGCUAUUGGCUUUGCUAGCCACAGAAGAAAACCUGAAAGUAACAGUGAAGGAGACAUUGAAAGGCGGAGCCAUGGCUGGUGCGGGGGCGGUGAUUGGGGGUUUCUGUGGAGGACCUAUCGGUAUUGCUGUGGGUGGAACAUUAGGAGGCAUGAUGGCAAGAUGGAAGUACAGAGGUACCUGUAGGCUGGUAACCGACCUCCUGACUGAAUUGAGUAAGGAGCAACGAGAGCAGCUCCAUGAACACUUUCAGUUGGUACUCGGUGAUUAUAACAUAGACAACAGUGCCUCCAUGAAUCGGCUGGUCAACCAAGAUGGAGAAUACCGUGCCAGGAUGGUCCAGGUUUUGAAGGCAUUCGUCACUGACAUCAUGAAACUUCAGUUGUAUGAAGAGGUACUCACAAGGGGAAAGGCAGAAUGAUGUAGGGGACAUUUUUCAGAGUUGCCUUGUAUUUUUACACAUUUUUGUAUGAUAAAAAUGCAUGCAGCCUCGAAAGAAGCUGCUAAAAUA